AUGAGAAAAGAAGUAGAGGUAGCUGAAGCAGGAUCGGAGACGGCAGAAAAGCAGCACACCGACGACAACGACGGCAAGAACAUCAAGGACGACAAGAGCGCCAGGGAAGAGAACGGCAGCUGCGAUCGACAGUCAACGAGAGAAUUCAUAUCCAUGUGCACAAACCUGCUUAGACUCCACGUCGGUUCUGGAUUCGACCCGGCAGACAGGAACUUUGGCACCAUGUACUCAGCAACCUCCUCUGCCACCGCCACCGCCACCACCACCACCACCGCUACCACCACUACCACCACCAGAACCCCGUCUGCGGCUGGAAACGCUUUUGCCUUUGGCACCGCUACCCCUGCAUCUGGAACCAUUGCACCAUUGUUUGGAAACACAUCUGGUUCCGCUGCAGGCACCACGGCGAACUUUGGGACUAUGUCUGGCUUCGGGAACACCACCGCGUCUGGAACCGAGGGGAGUAGUUUUGGAUUCGGUGCAGGUACAGCUACAUCAGGAGCCCGUGCCAGCACUUCUGGAUCCGGCGCCAGUACUUCUGGAUCCGGCGCCAGUACUUCUAGCUUUGGAGGCACGUCUGAGUCCGGAGCCAGCGGUUCAGGCUUUGGAAAUAGCACCAGUACCGGCUUUGGCAACAGCAGUACCUGGGGCUUUGGCACCACCAGCAGUGCUGGCUUUGGCAACAACAGCAGUGUCGGGUUCGGCGGCACUACUUCUGGCUUUGGUAGUACUACGUCGGGUUUCGGGAGCACCACCACGGGAGUUGGAACCGGUACUUCUGGAUUCGGAGGCGGAACUAGUUUCGGUGGCGGCACCACUUCCAGCUUUGGUACCGCAACCUCUGAAUCUGGCAGUGGUACAUCUGGAAACGGCACCACCUCGGGCUUUGGGAGCACGUCUGGAUUCGGUGGUAGCACCACGGGUAGCCUUGGCAACAGCAGCGGUACCACCUUUGGCUUAGGAAGCAUUGCCUCUGCCUUAGAAAGCAUUACCUCUGGAUUCGGCACUACCGCUGGCUUCGGAAGCACAACCUCUGGAUUCGGCACAACCGCUGGCUUCGGAGGCACAACCUCUGGCUCUGGAAGCACCAGUGGUACCACCUCCGGGUUUGGGAGCGCCAUUUCAGGAGUCGGUACUGGUACUUCUGGAUUCGGAGGCGCGACAGGAUUUGGCGGCAGCACCACCGCCACCACUACCACUACUGGAUUCGGCGGCAUCACCUCUGCCUUUAGUACCCCCACCUCUGGAUUUGGCAGUGUCACAUCUGGAAUCGGCACCACUUCGGGCUUUGGAAGCACGUCUGGAUUCGGCGGUGGCACCAUAUCUGGCUUUGGGAUUGGCGCCAGUAGCACGACUCUUGGACCCGCCAGGGCCUCGGGCUUUGGCAACACCGCUGGAUUCGGCACCGCGUCUGGAUUUGGAAGCACCUCUGGAUUCGGAAGCACUGGUGGCAUUGGUGCCACAACCUCUACAGUUGAUGGGUCAGAGUCCCUCACCCUCAAUGCUCCGAUUCCUGCUCUCUCAACCGAUCCCACCCCCACCGUGCUGUCUGGAUCUGCGUCCGGAGCUACGGCAUUGGUCACAGGAGCCACAGCCAUGACCCCAUUCGGCGCGCAACCUACAUUUACCCCAGACGACAACAACACCUCAUUAAUCCUCGCAAGUCCACCAGCUGACAUCAACACCUGGAGAAUCAGGCCCAUCCCUGCACAGCGAAACCAACUCAUCGACCACCCUAUCGACCUCUCCUUCCUGGUCUCGCUUCUCCAUCAGAACAACCAGCUUCGGCAGUUGAGUCUCAAAGGGCGGCUUUUGGAUUACUUUGGUGGCGUGGUUGGAGAUCUUGCGGAUGUGUUUAGUGUCUUGCCAGCCAGUCUUGUCAGCCUGAGGUUCAAUGGGUUCCGGGGCUCGUCGUUGAAUCCGAUGGCGAGACUUACUGCUGAGCAACGGAGGGCUAUCGAGGAGAAGGAGGAAAAGGAGGAGAAGGAAGGGUCAUCUUCUCGACGGCGUCGUCGAUGGUCGCCACCUCUGCCGUCGCCACUACCAAAACCGCAGACUCUACACACUCUUCGAAAGAUCCGGAUCCUCUCUUGUCGAAUCAGGGAUUCACUUUUAGUCUCCCUCUUCGAGAGAAGUCCUAAUUUGCAGUCACUCCGCAUAGCCGCCGCCAAGAACCAUGUCAUCCGCGCCGAUAUCACAACCGCUCUUCGAAACUCUUGUCCACGCCUCAAUGAGCUCAUUCUGUCGGGGGAGCUAGGAACUGAUGAGGAUCUUGCUCGGAUGAUCUCUGCUAGCACGGCCGGGUGGGUCACCCUCGCGAUCCCGGCCCUGAAACCCUAUCUGUUCGAUCUCUAUGGGCCUACUCACAACGAGGAACCACGAUCGCCCUUUGGACCGCUUUCGACGGCAGCCUUGUUCGAACACGCGUCAACGCUCGAGAACUUGCUGAUGGACAAAAGCCCAGGAUUUGUGAGUCGGGAUGUUCAUCGACUCCUUUGUUCUGCCCCUCGACUACGCCGGUUGAUGCUCAUGUCCCUCGCCUAUCAAAGUGGAAACGGUGCUUACCUACAUGCCCAUGAUCUGAUGGAUAUUUCUAAAAGUGAGCAACAGUGGGCAUGUCGAUCGCUUGAAGAGUUCUCCUGCGAGAUCGUUGGUGUGCCCCGACCUGACAUAGGGCUCGAAGUCGCGGCCCUGGUCGAUCCACUGACCCCGCACUUACAAUCGGCUCUGGAAGCAAGCUACGCAGUCCAUCGGAAGAUCUACAGUCGGUUCGCACGGCUCCCUCACCUCAAUAGGCUUGUACUCGGGAAAGGGCAAUCGGGCGGCGCGUCCAGUGUGCAUAGUGGAUCGUAUCUCUCCAUGUCGCUCGAGAGUGGCUUGAACAUCCUAGGUGACUUGAAAGAGCUUCAGACUGUCGACUGUGACGAACUCACGACAAAAUUCUGGACGGAUCCUGUUCAGCAGUGGGCAAAGGACCAUUGGCCGCAAUACAACAAAAAGGGUGAUCAACAUCAACCUCUUUAUACGUUUUGGCAGCUGGCUGGGUGUUGGGAUACGGGGGUUUCUACCAUCGAUGAUCCCUUUCAUGACUUCAUGUAA